AUAAGGCAUGGCUGCUGCGGGUGUUAUAUCAGUAUACACAUUAAUGAAAGUAGUUGAUAUUAACUUCUAAUCAGGAGACAAAACUCCGGAAUAAUAACAUGGCGAUGCAAUUAUGUGUUUUUUAGGCUAUUAGCUUACACGAUGGCGCACAGUGGAGCCGAACCGCCUAGCAUAGCUUACAAAGUUUUCACGUUUGAAGACAAUAAGAAAAACAGACAGGAGUCACUGUCAGUCUCCAUACCCGAGGUUCUGGAUCCACAAUAUGGCAUGUAUGUGUGGCCUUGUGCGGUGGUGCUGGCUCAGUAUCUGUGGACACAAAGAGAAGCGUUGAAAGACAAGACAGUGCUGGAGCUCGGUGCAGGUGUGAGUCUCCCAGGUGUGGUGGCUGCCAGGUGCGGAGCAAAGGUGAUCCUGUCAGACAGCGCUAGGACUCCUGUGUGUCUGGAGAACUGCAGGCGCAGCUGUGCAGCUAACGGCCUCCACGAUGUGGAGGUGUUGGGUCUCACCUGGGGGGAGGUCUCCCCGGAUCUCGUUCUGCUUCCUGAGCUGGACGUCAUCCUGGGAUCAGACGUUUUCUACGAGCCUCAAGAUUUCGAAGACGUUCUGGUGACUGUUGCUUUUCUUCUAAGAAAGAACCCCAGAGCCCGGUUCUGGACCACGUACCAGGAGAGAAGUGCUGACUGGUCCAUUGAAGCGCUGCUCCACAGGUGGAGUCUUACCUGUGUGGACAUCCAGCUGGAGGAGUUUGGUGCUGAUAGAUCUGAGCUGGCUGCAUCGACUCUACCAGGCAACCACAGCGUCCAGAUGAUGAUGGUCACGCUGAGGACAGAAGACGUUGGACUGUAACAGACCGAACGUCUCCUGGAGGACGCUCCGGGGAAAUAACAAGACGCCUCGUCCUGUUUGUCAACAAAUGUUUAAUUGUCAGGGCGGGUCACGAGAAGCACUCCACCUCUCUGUGAAGGCAGAGGUGGAGGGAGAUGUUUCACUGCAGAACAGAAAUAGUCCUGAGGUAAAGGUCACUUUUUACAUGUUCAUUAAAAAUGCAUUUGAAGUGUG